CAUAUUGCUCCUAGCAUCAAUAAUUAAAUAAAAUAUGUAAUUUAACUGCAAUUUUACUGGCAAUAGUCUUAUGUGGGUAUUAAAAUUAUACUCAAUUAAAAAGAUUUUAAUAUACGUACUUCUUACGUAAUGGGAGAGUGUCCCUAAUUGAAAUGCCCAAAAGGAUGUAAUGGUAAAAUAAAGAGCGCUCAUAUUCCACUAAAAAUGUCUGAAUACGAACGAAUUCGAGUAGGUAAAUUGAAGUUAAAAGGAGACAAAGAAAAUUUUAGAUCUAAAAAGCGAAAGCAUAAGAGUAGAAAGCAUCAAGAGGAAAUACCAAAAAUUGAUCAAGAUACCCUGAAACACGGUAGUUGGUGGAAAAUAUCCAAAGUAGACGAUAUAUCCGGGCCGGUCGCGAUUGAAUUUAAUAACCAUAUGUAUGUCAAAGCUCUGGAUAAUGGUUUAUUUACUCUUGGGGCUCCGCACGACGAAGGUGAAGGGCCUUCGUCUGAAGAAAUUUUUACUGGCGUCCCUAUCAAUGAACGAAAAGUAGCAUUUAAAUCUGGUUAUGGGAAAUAUCUGGGUGUAAGCAAGAAAGGACUUGUAAUUGGACGAUCUGAUGCAAUUGGUCCUAUGGAGCAAUGGGAGCCUGUUUUUGAGAAUGGUAAAAUGGCAUUGUCCAGUGACAAUAAUUGUUUCAUGUCAGUGGACCAAGAAGAGUCCAUUGUAGCAAAUUCCAAACGGGCAGGAUCAGACCAAUUCUUAAUUAUAAGAUCCCACACUGUGAAGGAAAUCAAUCCUCUAAAAGAUGUUCCUGAAGAAGAGCAAGGAAAUCUAAAACAGAUUGAAAUAAAUUAUGUCAAAAAAUUCCAAAAGUUUCAAGACAAACGACUCAGGUUAUGUACUGAGGAUACCAACAAGUUGAAAAAAGCAAAAGAAGAGGGUUUGUUUCAUGAAGCUUUAUUAGACAGAAGGAGCAAAAUGAAAGCAGACAGAUAUUGUAAAUGAAAUGGCAGAAUGUAUAAUUGGAAUUUAUUCUAACAUAAAAAUAGUUUGACAUUUUAAACCUAUAUAAUUUUAAAACAAUGUCUGAAGUGGUAUGAUAAGAAUGUACUUUGGAAAUAUUAUCUUAAUAAAAAAAAAUCUAGAAUCA